AUGAUUCACAUAGCCAUUCCAACCUUUCAGACAUUCACUGAAAGAUAUGACUCCCACAAGAAAUACCACGUAAGGAAACGUAGUCUAGUUUAUAGUGUUUAGGUAUAUGAUUUGCACAUAAAUGGGGCUUACCAUGCUAGUGUACGAUACAGCACGUUGUAUGCUCUGCACGAGAAGCUUCUGGAGACUUUCGGGAUGAGAUUGGACACAGCCGAGUUUCCGCCAAAGAGAAUAUGGAGGAAUUUGGAUACAGAAGGGGCCAUAAAGAGGAAGGACGGACUGGUGAAGUAUUUCAAAUCAGGUACAUGACGCUGUCUAGUCUAACAUUGCGUUUAGUAUUGCAGAACCAAGACAUUGCACGGCACCCGAUCUUUGAGAAAACUUUCUUGGAGUUCCAAGUGGUAAGAUAUUGGAAAAUUCUUAAAAUACGGUUUUAUGCCUAAUUGAAUGUGUAAUUUUUAAAAAUAUUGUAGAAUAUUAUAAAUAAAAAGUAAAAAUGAAAAGAAGAAUAAGAUAAAAGUCUGGUUUUACAGAGCUCGUUUAUGCCAGCUGUCAGUGGAGUAAAGUUGGAGAUAUUUCUACCUGAUGGAAGAGCUAUCCAUAUUGAUUGUCGUUCGGAUGACAGCACCGACAUCGUUUUAAGGGUAUGAUAAAAUAUAAAACUAAAACUGUGGAACUUAAAAUUUGUUGAAACACUUUGCAAAAGGGUUUUUCUAACAGGAAAGUUCUGUGUUUGACAGAUUACUGUAGUGAGACUAACACUAGAAACAUAAACAGUACGUUAGUAAAGCUUACAUAAAUAUUGUUUUAGAAAAUUGGAAGCUUCCUUAACGUGUCGCUCUCGUUUAUCCACUGUUUUGGAUUGUUUUUGGUUCGCCCGAGAUUAAAAAAGGAGGGACGGACAAUAGAACAAGGAUUCGACCACAUCUGUAUGGUUGUUUUAGGCUUGUAUAGUCUGUAAACAACAAUAUGCAAUUACAACAUAAUGAGCUAAAACACUAAUACUAGCUUUAUUUCACUUAAAUUGAAAAUCAUAAUAUUUUUAGGUAUAAGAUGGCUGAAAAACUUUGAAUCGCCGUUUAUAUCCCACCAACUGUCAAACAGAGACCUUGAUGACAAUACACUUCACUAUGAGUUAGGUAUCCGUAGAGCUGUUUGGGACCCGUGCUUGGAAGAGCCCUUACUAGACGACCAAGGGUCUCUGGACUUGUUGUAUACUCAAGCGAAGAAUGACAUCGAAAGGGGCCUUAUCAGAGUGAAUCCAAAUGUUGAAGCCAAGUUAAAAAAUUUGGAAGAACAAGGUUUGCUUCGACAGGUAAUUUCUGAUUUCUUUGCUUUUUAUCAUUACUGCUUAUUGUUGUUAGUGGAUGCAAAAAUUGCUUCUAAAAUAUAUGUUUAUGUUUAGUACAUCCACUUAUGUCAUCAACAGCUUGAUUACGGAUACGAAUAUGUGCCAUCUACUAAUAUGGACUUUCCCAAGAAGAACAGUAACUGUGUGGUCAAAGUGGGGCGACAUCAACUAGUUAUUGAGUACGAAGACAAUGUAAGGAGAGCUUUUCAUAAAGCUCUGUUUUCCAGUUAAUAUUGUAUCCAAAAUGACAAUUAUAAUAUACUACUACAUUGCAAGUCCAAUUAUUUAUCUUUUAAUGUGAUAUGCAUUUUUAGGAUAACCUGUGCCAACAUGUGAUCAGGUCUACCAGAAUCCGAGUCUGGAAAGUGAGUCAGAACGACGAAACGAAGGAGAUGACUUUUCAAGUGGAGUAUCUGGCUGACAGAGAGACAUUCCAAGAAAUCACUAUGUUCACAAGCAAGUCUGUCCUUUUGGCAUUGUUUCUACAAUCUGUAGCCAACGAGAUUCUGAAGGAAAGCAACGGAAGACUGGUAAGACGUUUCUACGUAUGUUGAGAACGCAGACAUUAAAGUAAAAGAUAGAAAUCUGAGAUUAUUGUUUUAUAGCAAGUUAGUUGUCCUUACUUGUAAUUCUAGGUAUAAAAGUAGGUAAAGUCAAGCAUAACGAAACACUUUUAGACUCCGGUAUUUACUUUUGAUGAUGAAGUUCCAACAAGAGUCAUAGAGGCUUUAAACAACAUCGAGACAAGACAGAGUAGUUAUGCCACGAUGGAAGAGGACAUGUGUAGUGUAAAUUCUGUGAAGAACGCUGAUCAGAUCAGUAGUCUGUUUAAAGUCAUAUCAGUAAGUUGUUUUUCUCUUAUUCAUGGUUAAUGUAAUUAUGGAAGAACAUAGAAACUUGAAAAAACGGCGCGGUGCAAUAUAAAAAAGUUAAGUUUUUGAACCGAAAAUGACUUCAAAACAUUAAAAUCGACAGUACUACUUUAUUGAAACUCACAAUUUAAAUCCCUGUCCCAACUUCCGAAUUUCAGCGACAGAUGCCUUUUGAAAACGAAAGCUUUGAGCACAUAACAAACGCAGACCUGUGA